UCUCAUGUUCAGAUUCUAAAGCAAUUUUAACAACCUAAGGCCACAUUCCAGGCAGUUGUAUACGUACCUGCGUUUUGCCUUGUAAAAGUUAUGGUCGUAUCAAAAGAUUUUAUCAUCCUUUUUUAUUUGGGUGUUAUGAUUCAUACGUUAUUGGCAAAAGAAGCGACAGGGAAGUAUAUAAGUAAUGGCGUCAUGAAAAGUAACGAGAAACGUGGAUGCAGCCCAUUACAUCCUGUGGAAUGUAAGCACCAACAAGCAAAUAAAUGGCAAAGAGGUUGUGGUAAAGGUGAAAAAUGUCGAGAACCGGGUUCGAGACCAGUUGACACUAAUACCUUACACGAAAAGAGAAAAAAUAAUGAGAAAUUUCAGGAUGACAAGAUGAAAGAAGGGAUAAGCAAUGGAGCUUUAGGGAAAAACAAAAUGCCUGUAUGCAGUAUAGUAAAUCAAAAGCAUUGCAGGAAACAACAGGCAAAUGAUUGGCAAAGAGGUUGUCAAAAAGGCCAUAAAUGUCGCGGUGAUGAGGAUGAAGAAGGAAAGGACAAAGAUGCAAAACUGGUUGGCAAGAAAGGUUUAGGAUUGAGAAGAGCAGGUAGUCAUUUUUUGAAACAUAGUCAAAAUUAGAGUCUCAUCUUUUUUUUUUUGGGUUAUCCUAAAUGGAACAUUUAGAAGUGAGAAUGGGUUUUGUAUUUUCUUGUUCUUGACCAAAUGGGGGUGAUACAGGCAUUGCUACUUUGAUCCAUAGUGAAAGUAUGCUCCCUUGCAUAGAAAAUUCAUCUUCAACAUCUCUUCUAUGCUUGGAAAACUUUCAUUCCAUGAAUGAAAAAUCCUUAGAAUCCAAUGAAAAUGUGGGUGGGUCAUUUUGUAUCCUUUUAUUCUCGUUCAAUUUUUCAAUAUUGGAAAAAAAAAUCAGAUAUCUUUCAUUCUUUUUAA